CUCCCGUCCUCUCGCGAGAUUUCGCUCCGCUCUGGCGUUGUUGUUGUUAUUGUUGUUGUUGUUGUUGUUGUAGUGAUGGCGGCGGCAGGAGCAGAGGCCCCGGACUCCUGGUAUCUGGCGCUGCUCGGUUUUGCCGAACAUUUCCGAACCUCCAGCCCUCCCAAGAUCCGCCUGUGCGUGCACUGUCUGCAGGCCGUGUUCCAGUUCAAGCCGCCGCAGAGAGUGGAGGCCCGGACGCAUCUGCAGCUGGGCUCGGUGCUCUACCACCACACGAAGAACAGCGAGUUGGCCGGCAAACACCUCGAGAAAGCGUGGCUGAUCUCACAGCAAAUUGCACAGUUUGAGGAUGUUAAAUUUGAGGCCGCCAGUCUCCUCUCGGAGCUCUACUGUCAACAGAACUUGGUUGAUUCAGCAAAGCCGCUGUUACGGAAAGCCAUCCAGAUCUCCCAGCAAACUCCAUACUGGCACUGCAGACUGCUGUUUCAACUCGCUCAACUUCACACACUAGAGAAGGAUCUGGUGUCAGCGUGCGAUCUGUUGGGUGUCGGAGCAGAAUAUGCCCGAGUGGUUGGAUCUGAAUAUACCAGAGCUCUCUUCCUGUUGAGUAAAGGCAUGUUACUGUUGAUGGAGCGUAAGCUGCAGGAAGUUCAUCCACUCCUGACGCUGUGUGGACAGAUCGUUGAAACCUGGCAGGGAAACCCCAUUCAGAAAGAGUCACUGCGUGUGUUCUUCCUCGUGCUGCAGGUCACGCAUUACCUGGACGCUGGGCAGGUGAAGAGUGUGAAGCCAUGUUUGAAGCAGCUUCAGCAGUGUAUUCAGACCAUCUCAACGCUCCAUGAUGAUGAGAUUCUGCCCAGUAACUCUGCUGAUCUCUUCCACUGGCUGCCAAAGGAGCACAUGUGUGUGCUGGUCUACCUGGUGACUGUGAUGCACUCGAUGCAGGCCGGAUAUCUGGAGAAAGCUCAGAAAUACACAGAUAAAGCACUCAUGCAGCUGGAGAAACUAAAGAUGUUGGACUGUAGCCCGAUUCUGUCUUCAUUUCAAGUGAUUCUGCUGGAGCACAUCAUCAUGUGUCGUCUGGUGACCGGACACAAAGCCACCGCGCUACAGGAGAUAUCUCAGGUGUGUCAGUUGUGUCAUCAGUCUCCGCGGCUCUUCUCCAAUCACGCUGCUCAACUCCACACGCUGCUCGGUUUGUACUGUAUCUCUGUGAACUGUAUGGACAACGCUGAAGCUCAGUUCACUACAGCAUUGAGGCUCACCACACAUCAGGAGUUGUGGACGUUUAUCGUGACUAAUCUGGCGAGUGUUUACAUCAGAGAGGGCAACAGACAUCAAGAGCUGUACAGUUUGUUAGAGCGGAUAAAUCCAGACCAAAACUUCCCCGUCAGUUCUCACUGUCUGCGGGCGGCGGCGUUCUACAUCCGCGGACUUCUGUCCUUCUUUCAGGGUCGAUACAACGAAGCCAAGCGUUUUCUCCGAGAGACUCUGAAGAUGUCUAACGCUGAGGAUCUGAAUCGUUUGACGGCGUGCUCUCUGGUGUUGCUGGGACACAUAUUCUACGUGCUGGGAAACCACAGAGAGAGUAACAACAUGGUGGUUCCAGCGAUGCAGUUGGCCAGUAAGAUUCCAGAUAUGUCAGUGCAGCUCUGGUCUUCUGCUCUACUGAAGGAUCUGAACAAAGCCUGCGGGAAUUCAAUGGAUGCUCAUGAAGCUGCGCAGAUGCACCAGAACUUCUCACAGCAGCUGCUGCAGGAUCACAUCGCCGCCUGCAGUCUGCCCGAACACAACCUCAUUACUUGGACAGAAGGCCUUCCACCGGUGCAGAUUCAAGCGCAGAAUGGACCAACAACCAGCCUGGCCAGCCUUCUCUAAACACACACACACACACACACACACACACACACACACACACUGUACAUACAGGUCACAGGCCUUCAACACACACAUCAUCUGUCACAUGCACAUUUUAUCUUGUAUUAUUCUGAUUUUAACUUAUUUGAACUCGUUCACGGUUUAGAGUCACCUUUGGUCUUUGGGAUCAUUUGAUUGUGUUUGAGGCAGGUGAAGGGAACUGGACAUCAACACUUGACAGGUGACCACGAAUAAGCUGAUUUACUGCGGUAUUAAUGCAGCCGGAUUACUCUGUUAAGUGUGGAGUAUACCCAUCACACCAGCAGUGUUUCUGCUCCGAGAGUUCGUCAUUAACUUUUCUUUUUAUUGACGUGUCUUUGUGCAGUCUGAGUCCAAACACGUGUAGAUUUCUGUAGAAAGUGUUUGGAAGCGUUUCAUUGGAACUGAGGUGGACUAAUAAACCCUCCAGCAGAGGAGCGAUAAUAAGAGGGACAGAUUUAGUGAUCGGGUGAUUGACAGCUUAAACGAGCAGCUAAAGCAUCAAACCAGUAAUAGUGAUGACAUCAUUUCUGUACAUUAGUUUAUUAGUAUGUGCAUAUGGAACGACAUUUUCAUGCAGUUUCAGAAACGUCUUCAAAUGUUCUUUUAACAUUAUUAUUUUGUUGUUCAUAUAUUUUUUUAACUGUUUGAGACGUGCAACUAAAAUGCUACAUUUUCUUAAACACGAUUCUGCUGUUUCAUUUGUAACUCUAAAUGUGUGUUGAUGCACGAGUGAAUCUCAUGAAACCUGUUCAAGAACACGUCCAACUCUUAUUUCACCACUAAAUCAAUUUUUUAUUUUUAUUUUAUAGAACAUGAAGCUUGUUUUAGGACCAUUAAGAUUGUUUUGCAUUGUGACAUUAUUUUUAUGACAAUUAAACGCAUUUUUAGCCAUUACUGUCAAGCAUAAAAAUUAAAUAAAAUAAUAAUGUUUCUGCAUCAUGGUAGUAUUCGUUGUACUGCCUGAUUUAAAUAAUCUCAUUGUUUUAUUACAGUAAUGAGAAUGCAGAGGAAAUGUCCUUAAAUAAGCUUCAUUUUUUAUGCCUUGAUUUUUUGAGUUUAGGGUGAAAUAAAAAGAUGGACAUGUUUUUGUGCAAUUCAGCCACAGAUUAGAUGCAAAUAUCAUUAUACAGGAG